AACUUAGAGAUCUAGAGUUAGAGCUUCUGACAGAUGGAAAUUGGGAAUCAAUAGUUUGACAAGUGCAAGUAGAAUUGAUCUGAAGUAUUAAGGACUGUCAAGAUGGCGAUGAUGGAUAAUGUAGAUUUCCUUAUUAGCCAUAUAAGGAAUGCUUUUGUAACCAGUGAUGAUACCAGUAUGUCAGAAUGGGUCAUCACAGAAUGCAAAGUUCAAGAUGAAACUGACAUUAAACGUGACAAUUGUCCUAGGUACAGUAGAAAUAACCUCGGCAGCCGAAGUGAUAGCAUGAGUGAUUGUCUAUCAGAUAAUGAGCUCAAGGGAUCAAUGGACAUUCAUCCUGAUAUGGAUUUUGGUGCUCACAGACGCAGAUCCAAUACAGCACAACGUCUAGAUCGGCUCAAAAAAGAGAAAAGAACUCAGAGUAAAAUGAAAACUAUUCAAUGGAAAGAUGCACCAGAGGCAUAUAAAGUUGAUGAAAAGGGUCAUUUAUUUGAGAAAAGAAUUCUUCCGCCUUCCAACGGUACUGACAUUCCAAAUGUAGCUGAAAACAUAGAGCAGAUGAAUAACAGUGUCACCUCAGAAAACAAUGAGAAUGAAAAAAACAAGAAAAAGAGAGCAGUUUCCAUUUUAUCUCAGCAAUUAGUAGAGCAUGAUUCUCAUGGAAGUAAUCCAUUUUUUAAAUAUGCCAAGUUUGAUGGAAGAACGGCUGGUGGUCUUCCUACCAAAAAACUGGACAUAUUUUUAACAUUUGUACCACCUGACCAGCAGGCAUACCCAAUGACCAUACUGGCCACGGCCAACGCUAAAGCCCAGGAAGUUGUCGGCCUUACUUGCUGGCAGUAUACUGAGGAAGGGAGGAAACCUGACUUACAGACUGUUGCUGGCCACAUAGAUCCUAAUGACUUUGUGAACAAAUUUUCCCUCCACAUGGCAGAAGACGACGGUGAGAUAGACACAGACUUUCCUCCCAUUGUACCAACUGACCCAGUGUCCAAGUAUGGAUUCACAAAGUUUGCACUGGUGGCUAAUGCUCCAGUCCAGCCCAAGUCUGCUCUUGUCACAAUCAAUAUUCCAAAUCGAGGUUUCAACAAGUUCCAAGUGGACUCAUUGACUGUCACUAUGAGAGAAUUGAUGGACAAAGUGAUCAAGAAAAGAAAGAUGAAAAUUAGGCCAGGUCUGAACUAUACUUUAGAAAAAGCUGGUAAAAGUGAAAUAGGGAAACCUGUUGACCUUGAUGCCAUGUUGAGUUCCAUGAACUGUCUAGAGUUCUAUCUUGUCAGGGAGAACAGCUCAAGAGGUGAUGUGGAGUCCAAUGGUGAAGAAGAUCAAAAGAUGGCAGAGUCUCUGAUGAGCCACCAGUACAAAUCUUUUAUAGUCAGCAUGGUCCACAAACUGAGGACUAACACUGAGGUGCAGCUAGGUAUCAGUGGAGACAAGAUAGAAAUAGACCCAGUGUCAGGGAAGGGAACUGCCAAGUUAUUUCGACAGAAGCCUGUCACCUAUGAUGCUGACUGCGUUGCUGCCUGUGAUAUUACUGAGACCAAAAGCAAUGGUCGUGCUGUGUUCCGCUUGACCUAUCUAAAUGGCGCUGACUACAAACAGCAUUACUUUGAGACUGACCAGACCAUGGCCACUGAGAUUGUAGAGAAGGUCAACAACAUCCUAGAACUGAAGUUUAGUCCUGUGCGCAAGGAGUUUGUCUUUACACAGGAGAAGAAGGCUCUACAGAAACGUGACUCCAUCAAGAGGGAGUCCUCCCUGAAACUUGGACUUUGACAAUCACAGAUCAAAUGUUUAAUACCACUACAUACUCUAUGGUCCAGAAGCCCAGAUUAUUGAUUCUGAAAUACCAGUCAUUACUUUAUAUCUUAUAAGUUAAAGUCGAAAUUCGAACUUCACAUUGAGUGAUAUUCGGAAUCCAAAGCCAUCUCAUUGAUUCCCAACAUGGUAGGGAACCUACUAAGUUCAAGAAAUGUCGCUUCAGUUUCCAGGAAAAAACUUUGUGUAAUUCUGUGAGAGAAACAUUCAGUUACUACAUUUAUUAGUUGAAUGUUACAAAUGCUUAAGUAAAACAAUCUAGAACUAGGUGAAUGUUACCUUCCAAAACCUUCCGAACAUUUCAUUGUGUAUUGACAGAAGUAGUGAAUCUGUACAUUGUUUUGGACUUAUGAACAAGCGAAAUUCACACAUUGAUGGUUUUUUUUGUUGGUGGGUUUUGGAAUAAAAAAAAAAAACGAUUAUCAAUGCCAUUAUUUCAUUGUUUUUUGUGUACUUGAUGCUAUAGUGUCCCAGCUUUGGGCUCAGUGCACUUACAAGAGACAUCAGAAACAUAAGCUUGUACAUCUUGUACAUCUUUUAAAAUGUCUAAUGUGUAGAAAAUCUGACUGUCAUGUUCAGCAUGUUUCCAUACAAAAUGCUCUAGAGCCUAGCCAGUUAACAGGAGUACCUAAAAUGUACAAGAAAAAAAAAGUUUGAUUUUUUAGCAGAAUCUUUCACCUCAUAAGUAACUGUAGAUAGCCAACUGUGUUGUAAGUUUUACUGUCAAGUUCCUGUCAUGUGUGUCAUUAUUAUGAAAAUUAUGGGAUAUUCAAGAGAGGUUUGCCAUUGAUUGAAGUGGAUUUGUUUGAAUAUAACUCUAUAUCAUUGUUAGUGCCUGCACCUUGAAAUAGGUUAAAAAUAGAAAUAUUGAGUAAAGACCCAAGAAAAUGGUAAUGUGAUUUUUAAUGCUUAUGAUUGUCAAUAACUUUUGUGAUAUUUUCUAUUUAUUUCAAUGUGAGUUGCAUCAAAUUGAGAGAGACAAUUGAAUGACACAAUGAACAGAGCUGUCAAAAACAUUGUUGUAUUUGAUUUGUCUUCCACUGUUUGUUGUCUACAUGUGUAACUAAAAGUUCCUACAAAAUAAAAGUUCAAACACAGAA